CCUAGAUCAAUUGCUUUGUGAUAAAGACGUUCUCUUUUUCUUUUUCUCUCUUACUCGGUAAGGAAAAUCAAAAAUGGACUUUUCUUUGCUUCCUUGCCCAGAGACUCGUAUUUAUGAUUCCACCAAGCUUUGGCCAUUCAGAAACAAAUCGUUUUCAAAUUUCCAGUCUCAGUGUAUUAGACUCGAAAGUUGAAAUUCCUGUGCUUAGUCUUCCUUGUAACCACAUUUCUUUAACAACCGUCACUUCCAAUACUUAGAACACGCUUCCAAGGCAACAUGACCCACCUACUGUACUCGUGUCUCAUCCCCAAUGACCAGUUGAACGUGCUUGUUGAACUACUCCGACUUGUGAAAUGUAAAGAAAGUGUGUUCUCUUAAUGGGUUCGUCUUUCUAAUUCGGGAUUUGAAAUUAAAUUUAAGCUGCUUAGAAACCUCAGGUUUUUUGGGAUCAAGGGUUCUAAGUGGCCCCUUUUGAUCCCAUCCCCGAAAAUUCCCAGUUUUCUCUGAUCUAAGUAAACCGACGACGCCAAAUUCUGGCACCUCUGCUACUUCUUUCACAAUGGAAGUGGAUAAUUCUUCGAAUUUUGAACCCGCUGUUAAUUCACCGUCAGUCAGAAGCGCCAUGUCCUUUCAGUCUAGGGGCUCCAGUAGGAAUUUGACCCGAGAAGUGAAUUUGGGGCUUCCGGAUGCCAAGCAUGAGCGGUAUGGUUCGAAGGGAGCAGAUUCUGAAGUACUCAGUACGUCCAAGAAGGAAAUCAGCGAUGUGGAUGCGAGGUUAGUUUAUAUAAAUGAUCCUGUGAGUACGAAUGAGAAGGGUCGGUUUUCAGGAAAUUCGAUUCGUACUGCGAAAUACUCUAUCAUCACCUUUUUGCCCAAGAAUUUGUUUGAACAAUUCCGUAGAGUUGCUUACUUUUAUUUUCUUAUAAUUGCCAUACUUAAUCAGCUCCCUCAGAUUGCCGUUUUUGGGAUUGGGGUUUCUUUUUUGCCGUUAACCUUUGUCCUGGUAGUUUCGGCUUUGAAGGAUGCAUAUGAGGACUGGAGGCGGCAUCAGUCUGACAAGAUUGAGAAUAACAGGUCAGCAUUGGUUUUGGUUGAUGAUAAUUUCCAAAGGAAAAUAUAUAAGGACAUUAGAGUUGGUGAAGUGAUUAAAAUCCAUGCAAAUAAAACCAUUCCCUGUGAUAUGGUGCUGCUGUCAACCAGUGAUCCUACAGGAGUUGCAUAUGUUCAGACUGCUAAUUUAGAUGGAGAGUCAAAUUUGAAGACUCGGUAUGCAAAACCUGAGACCAUAUCACUGUUGCCUGAAAAGGAGAGGAUUAAUGGGUUAAUUAAGUGUGAGAAACCCAAUAGGAACAUUUAUGGGUUUCAGGGUAGCAUGGAAAUUGAUGGAAAGCGAUUGUCACUUGGAUCAUCUAAUAUUGUUCUCCGAGGCUGUGAAAUCAAGAAUACCGAUUGGGCAAUUGGUGUUGCUGUAUAUUGUGGCCAAGAAACUAAAGCAAUGCUCAAUAGCGCAGGGGCUCCAUCAAAGAGGAGUCGGCUGGAGACUCGUAUGAACAAGGAGAUCAUCCUGAUCUCUUGCUUUCUUGUAACUUUGUGUGCAGUUAUCUCUGUUUGUACUGCUUUUUGGUUAAAGCGCUACAAAUAUGAAUUGGAUCUCUUGCCCUAUUAUCGGAAACUAGAUGUUUCAAGUGGAAAAGCAAAAAGCUAUAAAUAUUCUGGAUGGGGGUUGGAGAUACUGAUCGCAUUCCUCAUGUCAGUUAUAGUGUUCCAAGUCAUGAUUCCCAUAUCAUUGUACAUUUCCAUGGAGCUUGUCCGGAUUGGUCAGGCCUACUUCAUGACCAGAGACACCAAAAUGUAUGAUGAGGCAUCAAAUUCCAGAUUUCAGUGUCGAGCUUUAAAUAUAAAUGAAGACUUGGGACAAAUUAAAUAUAUUUUUUCAGACAAAACUGGCACACUUACUGAGAACAAGAUGGAAUUUCAAUGUGCAAGCAUCUGGGGGGUUGAUUACAGCUCUCAAAAUGCCGAUCUGGAGAAUGAGCCUGUCCAAGUUGAUGGAAAGAUAUUGAAGCCUAAAAUGAAGGUGAAAGUUGAUCCAAAGCUUUUGCAUUUAACAAGAGGUGGAUUCAAAAACAAGGAGGGAAAACAUAUUUGUGAAUUCUUCCUUGUGUUGGCAGCCUGCAAUACUAUUGUGCCUCUUCUUCUCGACACAUCUGAUCCUGCAGUCAAAUUGAUUGAUUACCAAGGCGAAUCACCAGAUGAACAAGCACUGGCAUAUGGUGCUGCCGCCUAUGGUUUUACACUCAUAGAACGAACUUCAGGGUAUAUAGUUAUUGAUAUUCAAGGAGAAAGACAAAGGUUUAAUGUCUUGGGUUUGCAUGAAUUUGAUAGUGACCGGAAGAGGAUGUCUGUUAUAUUGGGGUUCCCUGACAACUCUGUGAAAGUUUUUGUCAAAGGCGCUGAUAUGUCAAUGUUUAGUGUGAUAGAUAAAUCAUCGAGCACAGAUAUAAUACGUGCAACUGAAACCCAUCUUCACUCUUAUUCCUCCCUUGGUUUGAGAACCCUUGUCAUUGGGAUGCGGGAAUUGAAUCCUUCAGAAUUUGAGGAAUGGCAUUUUGCCUUUGAGGAAGCUAGCAAUGCUCUGGGUGGUAGGGCUGCUUUGCUUCGCAGGGUUUCCAGCAGUGUGGAAAACAAUCUCUGCAUAUUAGGUGCAUCUGCUAUUGAAGAUAAGCUGCAGCAAGGGGUGCCUGAAUCCAUUGAAUCUCUGAGGACAGCAGGUAUCAAGAUAUGGGUGUUGACUGGUGACAAACAGGAAACUGCCAUAUCAAUUGCUUACUCCUCAAAGCUCCUAACAGGUGAUAUGACUCGAAUUGUAAUUAAUAGCAAUGAUAGAGAGUCAUGUAGCAGGCAUUUACAUGAUGCCCAACGCAUGACCAUCUCCGGGGUUGCUAACAACAUUGGAAGAAUUAUUGAACCUGUAACAAAUCAAAUAGCAUUAAUCAUUGAUGGUACCAGCCUUGUAUACAUUCUUGAAAGUGAAAACACUGAACUCGAAGAACAGCUUUUUCAACUUGCGGGUGAAUGUUCUGUGGUUCUUUGCUGUCGAGUAGCUCCACUACAAAAGGCUGGGAUUGUGUCCCUUGUGAAGAAGAGGACCUCUGACAUGACACUAGCCAUUGGAGAUGGUGCUAAUGAUGUCUCAAUGAUCCAAAUGGCUGAUGUUGGAGUGGGUAUCAGUGGACAGGAGGGUCGGCAAGCUGUAAUGGCAUCAGAUUUUGCAAUGGGACAAUUUAGGUUUCUUGUUCCUCUCUUACUGGUUCAUGGCCAUUGGAAUUAUCAACGGCUGGGUUACAUGGUGCUAUACAAUUUGUACAGGAAUGCUAUCAUUGUUCUUGUCCUAUUUUGGUAUGUGCUUUUCACUGCCUUCACUUUGACAACUGCUAUAACUGAAUGGAGCAGUUUGUUAUAUUCUGUAGUUUACACUUCAUUCCCGACUAUAAUUGUUGGUAUUCUUGACAAAGAUCUUAGUAAAAAGACUCUCCUGAAGUACCCUCAGCUUUAUGGAGCUGGGCAGAGAAAUGAGGCCUAUAAUGAACAUUUAUUUUGGUUGACAAUGGCUGAUACUUUGUGGCAAAGUAUCGCUGUGUUCUUUGUUCCUCUCUUUGCCUAUUGGGGAAGCACCGUCGAUGUAUCAAGCAUUGGAGAUCUUUGGACUCUUUCAGUGGUUAUUUUGGUUAAUUUACACUUGGCUAUGGAUGUCAUCAGGUGGACUUGGAUUACUCAUGCAGCCAUUUGGGGUUCUGUUAUUGCAACCUUCAUUUCUGUCAUGAUCAUUGAUGCUCUACCCACAUUUCCUGGUUACUGGGCCAUCUUUCAUGUCGCGGGAACACGUUUGUUCUGGUUAUGUUUGCUUGGAUCCAUUGUGGGCGCUUUGCUUCCUCGGUUUGUUGUAAAAAUUGUGCAUCAGCAUUUUUGCCCAAACGAUAUUCAAAUUUCAAGAGAAGUCGAAAAGAAGUUUGUGAAUACAACAAGAGUUGGUGGUGGUGGGCAGAUAGAAAUGCAUGCUAUUGCAGAUGAUCCAACUAGAUAAGUUUGUCUCCUUUCUUCCUUGUAUUCUUUUGUAGAGUCAUACAUACAUACAUACAUGCAUAGAUAUAUAUAUAUAUAUAUAUAUGCAUACACUUACUUUUGGCUGCUUCAGAAAGACUCUGUUGGUUGCCUGAUUUAUUGUUUGCUAUCCAAAGGAGAGUUUUUAUUCACUGUAGAGGUUUGUCCCUGUUCUAUGAUUUUGUAUCGGAUGUUGUAGGCGUGCAGAAAUAGAAGAAAUUUUUCAUGGUGUAAGGCUUUUGGGCCUAGAAUGGUCUGAACUUGGUCAUUUCUCACAGAUUAACUCGUUCUUAGUACUUGAAUUAGCUCCACGUAGCUAUGUAUAUGUAAUUUUUUUUUUUUUUUUAUUAUCAAGAGUUAAACAGCGUUGGCUUCUUGAUCAAAGUAUGACUUUUACUCCAGCCCUAUUGAGUUCAUUUCUGGAUAAAGGCAAUUCAUCAUCUUUAAUUAUUUAUGUUGUUAUUAUUUAGAGUUAUGUUUUUUAUUCUUUGUUCUGAUAGAAUAAUAUAACUUUUAGUUCUCUA